AUCGGUUUCGCUAGUUUGGUGGAUAAAAGCGUUUCAGCGACAGCUUCCCAGUGAAAAUUCCCGUAGAGUGACGAGUUUUCCAGUGCUGAAACACGGACACUAGCAGGUCAUGAGACGCACACGGCGCCACAAGUUUCUCCAAAUUUCUGUGUUCUUUCUGCUGUAUUCAAUCAUUAACGUCUUUUCUGAAAAUUCCUCUCAGACCCCUGACAAGCCAGUAGAGAAAGAAGUGGGCAGUAUAUUCUCGACGAAACAACCGACAGCUACAGAAAAAUCUACAACGACGACACCGGAAAGCAGGCAUGAAACAACACCAAAAUCUAAAAAAAUACCAGACAAGAAGAACAACACGAAUGGAAUGCCGCCAUGCACCCCGCCAGCGAUACAACAGUUGAAAAGAUCCCGAAGAUAUGGAGACUGGUUAGAGCACGCUCAAAAACACUACACCCAAAACAAAACAAACGACACAAAAGUAUUGCCAGUUAGCAAACCAACUGCAGCAACAAUUAAAACCACAACACAAAAAUCAACAAAAACCAACAAAACACAACAACUGUCAAAUGCGAAAGCGGUAACUGUAGUAACGCCUACAGCGAUAAAUGAAGCAAAUGAAACGAAAAAUGAAACGGAGUGCAUUCCCCCGGCUCUGAUGCAGUUCCCCAAGCCACUAAUAGGCCCUAAGCAACGAAAAGAAGGAGGGAUCAUAGUCCACAUCAUAGUGGCCAUUUACACUUUCCUCGGCCUGGCCAUAGUCUGCGACGAGUAUUUCGUGGCGUCUUUGGACCGAAUUUGCGAAGAACUGAAAAUGUCACCCGACGUCGCCGGAGCUACUUUCAUGGCUGCCGGAAGUUCCGCUCCGGAAUUGGCAACUGUGGUUAUAGGCGUUUUCUUUGCCAAAGACGACAUAGGCAUCUCCGGAGUAAUCGGUUCGGCCGUCUUCAACAUCAUGUUCGUGAUAUCCGUAUGCGCCCUGUGCACCACAACCGUCAUCUACCUCAACUGGUGGCCGCUGAUUCGCGAUUGUUUCUUCUACGCGGUGUCGAUCCUCGUCAUGCUUAUUACUAUCCAGGAUAAAGUGAUUUCUUGGGUGGAGUCAUUGUUUAUGCUACUGAUGUACAUGGUCUACUGUGUCGUUCUACAUUACAACAGCUACCUCGAACAGUGGGCACAGAGGCUUCCGAUACCUUGCAAGAAAGUGGCACCGGAUGAACAGUCGGGUUUGGUGAGUUACAAAACGUUGGAGGAGGAAGGAAAGCACCCGAAUUAUGGAAUCAGCCCUGAGAGGCCAAUGGAAGACGAAGGGUUCGAAGGGUACGACAACCAGCUCAGUGGCCCCGCUUUGAACCAAGCUAGUGGCGGGGCGGCAGCUGCCCCCCCUCCAGUUCAGCAAGAUUACUAUAGGCCUAAAGAGUACGAUCCUGCUAACACCGUUAAUCCCUUAAUCAAACCAACUGACGCAGGAUUGUUCAGACAACUCACGUGGGCCAUUAUCGUUCCUAUACACUUUCUAUGUAGGAAAACUAUGCCCGACUGUAGAUCCGAACAGUACAAAAACUGGUACCCCUUCACUUUUUUCAUGUCAAUGUUGUGGAUCUCGUUCUAUUCGUACUUCAUGGUGUGGAUGAUUACUAUCAUUGGAUACACAUGUGGUAUCCCUGACACAGUCAUGGGUCUCACUUUCGUAGCUGCCGGAGUAUCAGUACCAGACGCACUGUCCAGUAUAGCAGUAAUUAAAGAAGGUUACGGCGACAUGGCUGUAUCGAACGCGGUAGGUUCUAACGUUUUCGAUAUUUUAAUAUGUUUAGGACUUCCAUGGUUCAUCAAAACGGCUAUCAUUAAACCAGGAUCUGAGGUUAAAGUCAUAAGUAAAGGUUUGACGUAUUCAACUUUAUCUCUUUUUUCCACGGUGGUGUUCCUAGUAGCUGCUACGCACUUCAACGGCUGGAAGUUGGACAAAAAGUACGGUGUUAUCCUAAUGGCUUGGUACUUAACCUUUAUAACGGUCGCCAGCAUGUACGAGCUGAACGUUUUCGGAUACCUCAACCCACCGGAAUGUCCCAGUGACUACUAAACAAGUUCAUUCUUAUGUUUAUAUAAUGCUCAAGAAUACCAUAAACAAGUGUUAAACGUUUGCAAAUGUUACCCAAAAUGUGACUUAGAUGUUAGUUGUUUUAGCAUUGUUAGUAGCCGUCCUAAAAUUGAAAUUUAAACGUUAUUUCGUUAUGUAAAGUUAUACAGAUAUGUCUGGAAACCAUUAUUAUGGCUAGUCAAUAUUUCGUAGGUGUUCUAAUUGAGCUUUUUCUUAUAUACAGCGUUGGUGAGAAAAGGCUUCCAUAGCUGUUCAAUUAUUGUAAGUCAAUAGUACCUAAAUGAGUGUGCUGGUUGUUGAAAUUCCAUUCAGUUUGGACAGACUGUAAUAUACUUAUGAACCAAUAGAAUAGAAGGCGCCGCAUCACCUACAAGAAAUGCAAUAGUGGUACUUACAUCGAAUCGGCCUAUACACGGUGGAUUUUUGUAUUCUUGAUCCGCUCUGUAUAGAAUGUUUUGUUCCUAAUUUUUUAAGACUGAUUUAAGUACGUUGACUAAUUUAACUAUCCUCAUGGCAUUCCUAUUUUUAUAUUUUCAUUAUUUAUGACGAUGUUCUCAUUCAUUAUACGAUAAUUUCAACUGUGAUUGUUUCUGAUUGGAUGGUGAGGCUAUUGUAAAUUAUUCCUUAAGUAAAUUUUAAAUUUUGUGAGUAGCCUUUCCAAAAUGUACCCAAAGAGGUUGCAGUUUUCAUCUUAAACAAAUACAAGUCGAUGAAAACAAUAAUUUAGUGAAACUUACGACAAUAAUACCGCCUUAUGGUCAAUAGAGUAGGCUAAUAAUUAUAGAAAUAUAUGACAAAGUCGCCAGACUUGAACCACGAACUAUUGGCAACAAAAUUUAAACAAGUAAAUUAAAAGACUGGUCAUUAUAUUUUUUGUCAUCUACAAUAAAUAAUUGCCAAUAAUUCUUGGGAUUUUACAUUUAAACGAAUUAGAAUACUUGAAUAAAAAAUAGUGUUAUAUAAGCACCCAGUAUUAGUUUGAGGAAUUCGUAAAAUUCUGAAAACCAAAAUUAUUGCUUCCUAAAAAAAUAUGAAGUAUACUUAGACAAAUUUCGAAAUAUCUACUAUGCUUAUUGACUGUAGUUAAUGUUUGAUAAUAUUUAUUAAAAAAACUCUUGUUUCAUAAAGAUAGAGGUUUAUCGUUGGACGAAUGAAUCACAAAAAUUACAAAAAAAAAAUGGCUUAUUAUAUGGACGUUGAUUGUGAGAUGUUUACUUCAUUUACCAAAAACAACUCGACUUAGCACCUUCUAGUCAAAUAUAAAUGCACUAAAUGUUGAAAUGUAAAUAAAAACCUAAAAAGGAGA